AUGUCUCCUUCCAGUGGCUCAGGAGUGUCGCUAAGCUCCAUGAGAUUGCUCUACUCACCAAUGGUCACUGUGCGCGUGGGACCCGACAAACAAGACUUCUGCAUACACAAAGAACUACUCUGCUCCAAGUCAACAUAUUUCGCAAAAGCUCUCUCUGGACAGUUCAAGGAAGCCCAGACAGGCAUUGUUGAGCUCGAAGACGUUCAUGUGGUGCUCUUCAGAGUGUUUGUCGCUUGGUUGUAUCCUAGCAAAGUUGCUUAUGAGUCUUCGGACUCAGGCGCCUCUUCGAAAGACGAAUUUGCUCAGCUCAACACGGUGCUGGAAGAGCAGCACCCCUACGAAGCGGAAGAUUACGAAAACGAAGACAUUCCAGUGAAUGUUUCUGAUGACGAUCUUUCAAAAUUUGAAGGAGAAACACCUCAAAGCUGGACUUAUCUGGUUCUCGGAGCCAUGUUCGUAUUGGCCGAUCGUCUUGAUGCUGCCGAAUUGAAGAGGCAGACUCUUGAUUUCAUGACCAGAAGAAAGAUCAUAGGAAUCAUACCAAGUGACUCGGCCAUCCUCUACGCAUACGCCAACACAACCAGGAAGUCUCCGUUGCGUCAACUCUUAGUCAAUAUCGCAGCCUACGAUACAGCCUUCAUGGGGGAUCACAAUUUAUACAACCACUUGCCUGUCGAAUAUCUUUCUGCUGUGAUGGUAGUGAUGAGUAAGAGGCUGCUACACAAGUAA